UUGCCCAUGAGCUAAGUUGUCCUCCAACGAAUUUAAUUAUUCUGGUACAAUAUUUAUUCAUCUCUUUUUCUCUCCUGUGUUAUUUUUUUUUUCAGAUGUUACUUUUGUCAUCCAUGCUCCCAUGGUGUCUUGAUUCAUGUCCCCUCCCAAAUACCUGUCUGCAUCCUAAAUUCUCAGUCUCCCUUUUCUUGUCUGUAAGCCAAGUAUUAGACUCAUUCCCCAUGACUGCAUUAUUUCAUCCUGGGGAUUGUUACUGUCAUGCAUGGUGUAUAAUCCAUAAUACAUUCAUCCCCAUGAAUUGCCCAGCCUAGUCUCAGUGUCUGUGACCCAGAUAGUUGGCCCCAGCCUGUUCCUAGAAUUCCCCUCAGCCUGGCAUACAGACCAAGUUGCCUGAUAUACAAACAGCUGCUACCUUACUCAGUGUACUGUCACCAAGGCUUGCUUGCUUGGCUUCAUAUGCCUAGUCCGCAAAAACUAGGUCAAUUUGAAUUCCUUCAUGAGACUCUCUUUCCCGCAGAAGGACUGCUUUUCAUCAGGUUCACCGGCAGUCCGUAAAUUCAAUUUGCUCACCAGGUAUUAUUUAAUGCACGUUUUCCAUCAGUAAGUGCAGGACACCCCCUUCUGCUUUUGAAGGGUUCAGCCACAGGAUUGGAGAAAAAAGGCAGAAUGAGCGUGAUUACAGGGGGUUAUGGUUACGCUGUCUUGUGUCGUGUAUGCGGUGACAAAGCAUCAGGGUUUCACUAUGGCGUCCAUGCAUGUGAAGGAUGCAAGGGCUUCUUCCGUCGCAGCAUCCAGCAGAAUGUCAAGUACCGUGUUUGCACCAAGGGGGAUGAGUGUCUCAUCAUGCGCAUCAACAGGAACCGCUGUCAGUACUGUCGUCUAAAGAAGUGCCUGUAUGUCGGCAUGUCCAAGGAUGCUGUGCGACUCGGACGAUGCCCUAAGAAAUGCAAGCCUCAAGGUAUGCCCAUCCCUUCCCCACCCAAAUCCCCCUCGGGGGAGUAUAUCGUCAAUCCAGAGGAGAGUCAGAUGAAGAUGGAACAGCUGAUUCUCAGUAUCCAUGAAGCUCAGAAGAAGACUCUAUGGGAUGGCUUCACAUUCAGUGGUUGGAGUGACUAUUUCCCCUCUACAAUGAACAGAAAUGGAUGUGAGACUCAAACCAAGCUGAUCACAGAUCUAGUGACCAAUAACUUCACUCCCUCUAUCACCCGCAUCAUUGGAUUUGCUAAGAUGAUCCCUGGCUUCUUGAAUCUGGACAAAGACGAUCAGAUCAUGCUACUCAAGGGGGGCUCAUUAGAGGUUCUAUUGGUUCGUUUGGCCCAUGUGAUUACAGUCAAGGAUGGCAUGUGUGAUUUGAUGGAAUAUCAUAAGGAAAUGUCAGAAGGUGGAAUCAAAAUGACACCACUUAUCGAGAUCAUUCAAGAUGUGAUUGAGUUUGGCUUGAAAUUCAAACAACUGGAGUUGACCAACUGUGAGGUGGCGCUCUUCACUGCUGUUAUCUUGCUAUCAGCUGACCGGCCAGGACUACGAGUUCCAGAUGAGAUUGAAACAUUACAGCUGCAGGUCGUUCAAGCUUUGCAGUCCCAAAUCCUUCUGAAUCACCCCAAUGACCGUCUGGUCUUCCCUCGUCUCAUGAUGAAACUCUCUGACAUCCGUCAGUUCAGCGUCACCAACUCUGACCGAAUGAUCAAUGUCAUGGACUCAAGAAGUUGAGGAUGUCCUUCUUGUAAGCAGCAGGGCUUACAGACCCAAGUAGAACACUAGAAUAGAUGUCUGCGAAUUUAUUUUUCUUGUCUAAAAAUCUUUAAAAAUUAGUAUAUUUUGUGUUCACUUGAAGCACCUGGGAUAAACUGUUUAUUAGAUCCCAUUGCAGGUACUGUCCCUUAUAAAGACCAACUCCAACGAUGUUAACUUUUCUCAUAUUGAAUCCAAUCCAGAAGAGCCAAGUCUAAUAAAAGUAGCG